UGCUAACAAUAGGUAGGCCUGGGCUGUAUCUUACUCAAGCUAAGAACACUUCAUUAUAAAAACCACACACAGUGGGCUGGAGUUCCGAGAUCCAGAGUGAAGGUUUUCAGUUUUCCAUGUGUGGUUUUUUGUGCUCUCCAUAUGUGCUGUCAAGACGUAUUCAGCAAGGCAGGUCGGGACUGACCCUCUAUAGACUCUAUCAGCUGUUAAUGUUUUAGGAACGGAGAGUUGUUUCUCAUCUUAGGAACAGCAUCUUAGGAGCAGCAGCAUCCCAUGUUCUUGAAGAGGAGGAGGUUUCUUAAAGAUGACAACAAACACAGGUGUGGCAUUGAUAGGUUGAUGGAGAAGACAUCAUUCAAGAGAGUCAGUCGUCUACACAGUUAUAUGGAUCUGAGAUUUGGAGCUUUGGUGAUCGUACAAGACUGAUGAUAAGACAUCAUUCAAGAGAGUCAGUCGUCUACACAGUUAUAUGGAUCUGAGAUUUGGAGCUUUGGUGAUCGUACAAGACUGAUGAUACCAUUUUUACUCCAUUGCUGCUUUAGAUGAGAGUUGGUUGAUGGUUGUUUUUGUUGAUAAACUGACUGGUGGACAUAUAUCCACAGUGAUGUUAAUAGAAACAACAACGAUGUCAUCCCAUCGCUCCAGCCCAGCCAUGGGCACCGACGGUCUCCAGAUUAAACAAGAACCCAUCGAUGAUGAGAGCGAUAACCACAGCAGUAGCAGCACAGCGGACAACAGUCGAGGCGACGUCCAUAUGGAGUAUGACGAAAUGAACGGGCAGAUGAACGGCGACGCCGUUAUGGACGGGGAGAUGUUUAGCGAUGAACAUAGCGUUAAUGACAACGGUCAUAGUCCGCUUACCAAUGGAGUUGACAAUGACCUGCAUAUUGAGAAUAACAAUAUCCUUCUUAAAGAUGCUGCAGAUGUUGAGAGGAGUAUAGAGGUAGCUGAGAUGGAGCUAAGGAAAGCCCCUGAGAAUGGGACACCAACAUCUCAGAGCCUGGCUGAGAAAGAAGCGAGAUUAGAACAACUCUUAUCCCAGCUCAACGUCCUCAAAGAACAGCUCCUCGCUCAGCAGCAAGAAGCCGCCGCCAUGCACCGCUCACAAAUCCAACGCCAACAACGACAGAUGGAGCUGCAGCGACUUCAACAAGACAUGCUUCAGCGACAACAGCAACAACUUCUUGAACAGCAGCAUAAGAUAACGAUCUUAACACAAGCCAUGCAGCAUCAGAGCGGGCAGUUCAUCCGCUUAGUACCCAUCUACCCGCAGGAUUACCCCGCUGGGGUACCCCCGGUGCUAAUCGCCCCUGACGGGACGACCACCCUCGCCGGGACUAAAACAACUCAGUCAGGUCUGGUGACCACCUCCCACCUCCUCUCUGGGCAUCCAGGGCUUCCUUCCCCACAGCUCUCAACAGGGGUACCCAUCUCUGCCAAGUCCCCAUUGCACACGACAAGCCCCAAGGGUCUCCUUACAAUCCCACACACCACGUUCCCACCGGGCUUCCCAACACGCACAAGUCCCACUGUAGCACCCCCACUUCAAGAGUCCGACCCAGAGCCGCUCAAUCUCUCCGCAAGGGGCUCAACUUCUUCCGCGUCUGCCUCUUCCACUUCCUCCAUGUACACCAACUCCUCUUCCAGAAGUAUCGCCAAUACCAAAGGUUCUACUUCCCCGUCGCAGAUCUUCGUGACCUCACGACCUGUGAAAAUCACCGAACCACUCAAGCGAAGCCAGUCGCUGUCGCCCAAGACUAGUUACCAGAAAUACACCGCCCACGAAGCAGAAAUAGUGAACCACGCGUCGUCAUCGCAGAUUCGACUGUUUCACGACAAGCCAGAGAUUAGACCAGGAGUGUCCGUUGCUCUAACAGAAGCUGCCUCAUUAGCAGCAGCCAGCGACUUCCCAAUGGCGUCCGAUAAAGAGAAGAUUGCGUUGGAAGCAUUGACCAAUCAGCUUCCAACGAGAACGAUGGUGAUGUACAACGGCGACCAUGGAGGCGAUAGUAGCUCCAACGCCAGCAUCAGCGAAAAUGGAGAUGAGCCGACUGCGUACCCGUUGCAUAUGUUGCAGAGUAUGAAGAAAUCAAUCGUCAUUGACCUGACAGAUGAAGAUGGGAGACCUAAGAUGGACGUCCAAGUUGACAACUCAACGAUUGCUCGCAUGUACCGUGACACAAGGAAACUGGAGUCUAACAGACCCCACAUCAAACGACCAAUGAAUGCAUUCAUGGUUUGGGCCAAGGAGGAAAGACGAAAGAUCUUAGCAAGACAUCCAGACAUGCACAACUCUAAUAUCAGCAAGAUACUUGGUUCCAAAUGGAAGACCAUGUCUAACGCCGAGAAGCAGCCAUACUACGAGGAACAAGCCCGUCUCAGCAAAGCCCACCUUGAGAAGUAUCCCGAUUACAAAUACAAACCCCGCCCAAAACGAACCUGCAUCAUUGACGGCAAGAAGCUUAAGAUCGGUGAGUACAAAGCCCUGAUGCGAGCUAAGCGUCAAGAAGUCCGACACGUCUUCUAUACGCGAGACGGCGAGCACAUGGUGAGGGCGCCAAACAUUGGACCAAUGUCUCCACACGGACUAUCGAUGGUGGAUGGGGCGUACUCCAUGGCGCAAGUCUCAUCACCAAUGUCAUUAGAAUCACCGACAGAGUACUGAGUACUGUUUUAGUCUUCAAGGUUUUUACUUUCUACGUUUUUUAAUUAGAAGCUUCUUUUCCCCGCCCUUUUUUAUAAAGCGGACAGAUUUCUGCUAAGCGAAGAAAAGUCCCGGGCCUAAUUUCAUAGAGGUGCUUAGGCACAGAAACUAGCUAAGCACAACAAAAUUUUGCUUACCAGAAUAAGGUUACUGGCUAAACUACAAUGUCGCUCGUACAAUUUGUGACUGGUAACCUGCUCAUUUCUGCUUAGCAGAGAAUUGUUAAGCAAUAUUUUCCACUUAAGCGUCUCUUUGAUUGGGCCUAGUUGGUUAGGGGUUGAACAAAGAAAUUGACUAGAGCGUGAUUGAACCAAUGACCUCCGGAUUAACGUGCCGGCGCUCUACCAACUGAGCUAUCUAGCCCUAUGUUGAUGGUCUUCCUGUUUUGUCGAAAUCAGCAGAAACCGGUUAGCAGUUUUUGACUUGAUUCUGCUAACUGCUUAGUAGAUAAACAGCUUUAUGAAAAAGGGUUUGUCUCGUGGAGACAUUUUGGUUUACUUUGUAUGAAUCAGCCAGACUGAGACUAUGAGGAGAAUAGUCAGGUUUCUUUAUAUGCAUUGAGUAUUAACUGUAUGAUUAAUGCUGGGAGCAAGACAAACAUGGCCUAAAAUUGUAUCUAGGUUUGUUCGCAUCAAGGAUGCUACAAAGUUUUAAUCAAUUCACAAGCUUUGUCUGAGAGAAUUCUCCCGUUAAGGUGAGUUUUAAUCUCAGAGUUAACCAUGUGUGAACAUCAAAAACAUGGGACCCUUGACUUUUUCAUUUUAAAUGUGUUAGAGCAAGUUCUAGUGGACCCGUGGUUGACUACUGACCUUCCGCCUUUUCGCUUUAGUGUCACUGGUUCCCCUCUGCAUUUUACACAUGUUAGAAUGGAACAUGCUGUUGGGACCAGUGAAGAAACCAUGGGCUUGAGGCUGGUUCCAAAUGGUCGACCACAGUAGUCAACCAAUGCUGGGGUUCGAGUGCAAAUAGUCAACCAUUAGAUAAACCCUGGUGCACACUAGAACUUGCUCUCAGUUGCAGCUCGCUUAAAUCCAUUGCAUUGUAAAAUAAAUCGCUGCUUCAUCGCUCGCAUGUUGGGUUUUAAAACUUACAUGUAGGAGCUGAGUUAUGCAUGGUUUAAAACUGCUUGUACAUUGUCUAAGACCCCAGUGAUGAGCAGUAUGACUUAUCACUGAAGAAACAAAGCUUGGCUUCUGGUGCGCUAUUAUAGGCAGAGUUAUAUCAUUGGCGUUUAUAACCUCCUUAUUCGUACUCUCAGUUUCUUUAACUCAGUAGUGGGGCUUGCUUUCUUUACAUUGCGGGAAACCAACAUAGAGCCUAAUUUCAUAGAGCUGCUUAAGCUCAAAAAUGUAGCUGAGCACAAUGGUUACCAGCCAAGGUACCAUGUCACAUGUACAUUUUGUGACUGGUAUCCUGCUCAUUUCUGCUUAGCACAG